GUUCUUAUGCAGCAAAAAACCAAAAAUACUGAACGAAGUGUUUUGAAGUAAAUUUUUAGGUUUUAGUUUAAACUUUACACUUAAACAUGGCUUUGGAUUUUUUAUUUGGCAAGAGGAAGACACCCGAGGAAAUGUUAAAACAGAACCAACGGGCUCUUAACCGUGCUAUGAGGGAUUUGGAUAGGGAAAGAUCGAAACUAGAGGCUCAGGAAAAAAAGAUUAUUGCGGAUAUAAAAAAGAUGGCCAAACAAGGACAAAUGGAUGCUGUAAAAAUAAUGGCAAAAGACCUGGUUAGAACAAGAAAAUAUGUUAAAAAAUUCAUGUUAAUGAGAACAAAUAUACAAGCAGUUUCACUAAGGAUACAGACACUACGUUCGUCUAAUCAAAUGGCUCAGGCAAUGAAAGGAGUAGCAAAGGCCAUGGGCACAAUGAAUAAGCAGUUAAAAUUGCCACAAAUACAAAAGAUUAUGAUGGACUUUGAAAGACAGUCUGAAAUUAUGGACAUGAAAGAAGAGAUGAUGAACGAUGCACUUGAUGAUGCUCUUGGAGAUGAAGAUGAUGAAGAAGAGAGCGAUGCAAUUGUCACUCAAGUUUUGGAUGAGCUUGGUCUACAGUUAAAUGAAGAGUUGACAGGAUUACCUCAAACCGGACCUAACCUGGCAACAACCAGUAAAGCCAAGGAACCAGUUGCAGCUGAUGCAGAUGCAGACUUACAAGCAAGGCUUGAAAACCUUCGUCGAGAGUAAGCCAUUAUCCCCACUAACUCAAAAAGAAAUAUCAACACCAUGUAUUAUACAGUAAGAUUUGGUCAGGAUGUGAUAAAAAUCACCCUGACAAAAUUAUGUAUAUUGUAUAUAGUUCUUUGAUGAAUUAUCUCAGUUGUUCAAUUUUAUAUUAAAGGCCACAGAAAUCUUGAUAACUUUUCAAUUUUUAAUGCAUUGGAUUGAGACAAUGAAUUUAUUAGGUUAGAAAAUC